GUUCGUAUUUUCUUAUUUUACUCCUCUCCCCUCAGUUCUGCACCUACCUUAUCCUUUCCACGAUUACCGUUCACGUACAACAAGCCUUGUCUUUUUUUUCCCACAAUAAUUCGUGAUACCCCUUCAAACCCUAAUAACGACCAUCGCGGCGUCUCUUCCACCUAACGACCGACAAACCCAUAUACUCCCCCACGGUUAAUACAGCCACCGUCAUCACGUCGACUUGAUUCGCAACCACUCCGUAUACCUCGUGUGAUCUCUGAUCUCUUUGGACUAGUUGGACUACCCGUCUGCCCAUCUGCCCACCAUGUCCGUCAACGUCAACAAACCCACCGACAUGAAGCAAAAGGAGGCCGAUGUCCACCGCAAGCUCCAGCUCUACGGCAUCAUCUCCGCUUUCCAGCUCGGCAAAGUUCCUUCCAACGAUCAAAUUGAUGUCGCCCUGAACAGCUUCCUCGCCUCCAAGCCCAUCUCAAACCCUUCCGACAAGCUAUCCGAGGAAGGCAGGUCACUUGUCGCGGACGCUCGCACCGUCGUCAAGAACGCCCAGCAUCUGCUUCUCUCCAGAAACCAGGGCAACCUGCUCCAGGACUUCAUCUGGCAAACCCAGCAUUGGGAUGCCAAAUCUCUCAGCCGUCCUGGUGCUCCCGUUGAUAAGCAGACUGCUCAACAGCAUGGUGACCAGGCCCUCAACGGCUUGAGGACACUGGGGACGCUCAUCAUCACCAAUGGGCAGUUCCGCAAGCUACUCAAGGAUGCUACUGUCUUGCUCCGAGACAUUGCUGGCGAUGCCGCGACGAAUGCCGCCUCGCACGUUAGGCCGUCCCAGGAAGAACUCGCGGACAUCGACAAUCCUGCGCAGGAUAACGUUUGGCACGACGCCCCCAAGUUUUCUAAGGAGAACUGGAAGCAGGAGGCCCAGAAUAUCUACAAAGGUGACCCCAAAAAAGAUCUCCGGGACACCGCCCAUGCAGCCAAACAAGAUGCUACCGCUGUCGGUAGCCAGACACUUCCCCAGCGGUCGGGUAGAGAUGGGACUGCCGCCGCCAGUGAGCGGCAGGGCGUUCAGCAAACCACGGACGCCAACGGCAAUGCCACGGGCAACCUCAAGGAGCGGGUUGAACAAAACGUUGACCCGGAAACCAAGGAGAAGAUUCGGAAGCGCAACGAAGAGUAUCGCCGUAAGGCCCGGGAGUAUCUUAACAAGAAGGUGCCCGAAUCUCGUCGGGACCAAACCGUCUUGCGCCUGAAGAAGAUGGUUCUUGAAUGCCAGCAGCACCCCGACUACUCGCAAGCCAUCGAGACCAUUCUCGACCUGAUCGAGCAGUACAGCCAGCAUUCCCGCGCAAUCGCCGAGGGUGGUUCUGGCACCGUCAGGGAAGCCCGCGGCGGUCUUGCCCAAGCCGAGUCCGAUCUCAGAACGCUGAUUGAGCGAUUUGCCAACGGCACUUCUACUGGAGACCUCUGGUCUCACAUUGGCCAGAUAUACCGCGAUGCCGACCAUGAUCCCGAGCUGAAGAACUGGUUCAAGGCCAUGAACCAGUACAUCCGGCGCUGCCUCCUCCAGCAGGGCUAUAUCCUUGAGGACUCGUCGAAUGAGGAAUGGAACCGACUAUAUGAUCACGGUCGUUAUCUUCUCCGCGAGAAGUACCGGACCAACACCGAUCGGGUCGUGGAUGAGCUGCGCUUCAUUAUGAACGAGUUCGACAACGAUCAACAGAACAAGGCUUUCGGACAGUCGAUCCGGAAGCUCUUUAAUGAUCUGGGCAACGACGAGAAUGGGAAGCCCGUCUUCAAGCCUCAUCUGGUCAAGGACCUCACCGGUGUGAUCAUCCCGGGCGUCUUGGAGAACCUUGCCUACGUUCCGGUGCCCCGCAUUGAGUACUCCGACCAUCAAGUCGACGCUGUCAUCGAGAACCUCGUGAUCGAAUCGGACAACUUCACUCCCAACAUCUUGGAGAUCAAUUCGGAGCAUCACUUCCGUUGGGGCCGUAAGAGGAUUGCCAAUAAGAACAAGCAAGUCUUCGACGUUAAGGUCUCCGGCAUCCAGAUGGACCUGCGGGAUGUCAGCUACCAUAUUAAACGCAAGGAGGGCUUCCCAUCUAUCACGGACACCGGUGUAGCAGACUUCUUGCUUGCCGGUGAAGGUCUCACCUUCGAGAUGAAGUGUGCCACUGCCGAUAAGUUGGACAGCCAGAACUUCUUUAAGAUUGAGAAGGUCGACGUGGAGAUCAAGCACAUGAACGUCAAGCUCAAGCAAUCCAACCACAAGCUGCUCUUCAAGUUGUUCAAGCCGAUAAUGAUGAAGGUUCUCAGGCCUGCACUGCAAAAGGUUGUCGAGGCGAGCAUCAAGGACCAGGCCAACAAGCUCGACAGGAUGCUCUUCCAGAUGAAGCAAGAGGCUGACCGUGCCCUGGAGGAGGCCCGUUCCGACCCCGAACAUGUUCCCAACAUUUACAACCGCUACUACAACGCCAUGCAGAAACGCAUCCUCCAGAAUAGGGAGAAGGCCAAGGAGGUGGCCGCGGAUAAGAAGUUCAACAUGGCCAUCACCAUGGAGGACAGCAUCUUCCCCAAUGUGAAGCUGCCAGGCGGCAUUAGCACGAAGGCUACCGAGUAUAGGGAAUUGGCCCGCAAAGGCGAGCGUUGGGAGAGCCCGGUUUUCUCCAUCGGCACGGCCAACAAGUCCACCGACAUCCCCGAGGCGCCCAAGAUCCAACGCAAGACGCACGUGCCCAAGGGCAGCCCGACAGGUCGUCAGGGCGGUCAGGAUGGUUUCGCUGGUCAACAUCCUAUUGGUAGUACCCAGGGUGGUGCAUAUGAUUCCGCCAUGGGCUCUCGCAUGGCUCAAGACGCUUCGCGGGUCCUUGGAGGCUCGGAUGUCCAAAGCAUCCCGGGUCAAACUCAGACCGUUGUCCCUCAGACCGUUGUCCCUCAGACUGUUGGCCCUCAGACUUCGACCACGAUCCCGCAGUACUACUAAUCAGAUCACCCACUCCCCCUUUAUUUCCUUUGUUAUGGUUACGAAAAAUCGUUCAUGUUCUUAGGGUAUACCCGGAUGAGAUCGGAGGGUAAAUAAGCAGUGCCUCCUACGGCAAUUCUUUCUCAGGUCUUCGUUUAGUGUUCUCCUACAACAAUUCUUGCUAGUCGCGGCUCUUUAUAGCUCUUUAUUCAGUGCGUUGCGCCUUACCGGACGCUCAGCAUGGAUGGGGUUUCAGGAAGGGUAGUGUCGAGAUGUUCAACAGCCAUAGUUAGAUGUCUCUUCCUACCGUGUAUGUAGUGCGAACCUAAAAUCAAGAUUAGCUUUGUUUUAG